CCACUUUAAGCAUAGCUCAGUCUUCACGAAGUUGACGUAGUUGAAACGCAUGCGCAGAUCGGACAGCGCACUUCCGGCUUAUUUACCCCGGGACGGAGGAAAGAUGACGGCUACUUUACGUCCAUACCUGAAUGCUGUGCGUGCCACUUUGCAGGCUGCGCUGUGCCUGGAAAACUUCUCAUCUCAGGUGGUGGAGCGACACAACAAGCCAGAGGUGGAAGUCAGAAGUAGUAAGGAGCUUCUUCUGCAGCCUGUGAUAAUCAGUAGGAAUGAGAAGGAGAAGGUGUUGAUUGAAGGCUCUAUCAACUCUGUCCGUGUCAGUAUUGCAGUAAAGCAGGCCGAUGAGAUUGAGAAGAUUUUGUGUCACAAAUUCAUGCGUUUCAUGAUGAUGAGAGCAGAGAAUUUCUUCAUCCUCCGCAGAAAACCAGUUGAGGGUUACGACAUCAGCUUCCUAAUAACCAAUUUCCACACAGAGCAGAUGUACAAACACAAAUUGGUGGAUUUUGUAAUCCACUUUAUGGAAGAAAUUGACAAGGAGAUAAGUGAGAUGAAACUAUCUGUGAAUGCCAGGGCCAGAAUAGUGGCAGAGGAGUUCCUGAAAAACUUCUGAAGAGGCAUACAUGCACCAUUCUGCCAGCUGUUCACAAGUGCUGGGGAACUUUUCCACAUCAAGGGUUCUAAAAAAAAAAAAA